GAGGUAGCAGCCCCACAGGUGGCUCUUCGAGUUAUAAAGCCAGCUCCUCUAAAAAUAACUUAUCUAAAUCAACAGAAUCUAAACCUAGUCUAGCUCAAGAGGAGGUUAUGAAUAUAAUUAACAAAAUUCUCUUAAAUAUCGAAGAUAGACUCGAAGAGUCACUGCUUUGUAAUAAUAAACAACGAAUAUUUCACAACAUACCUCCUGCACAUACACCAUCCAGAAGAUUAAAUGACGAUCUCA